AUGCCGCCUAUCGCAGCGCCAGCUAAGAUUUUACUCACGGGUGUGAACGGCUACCUGGGUGCGCAUGUCGCUAAAGAACUACUGGACCAUGGGUUCGCCGUGGUAGGAACUGUGCGGUCAUCGGCCAAAGGAGAUAGCAUUGCCAAAUAUUUCGAGCAUUAUGGGGAAAGGUUUAGUUAUUCGAUCGUUCAAGACAUGACUAUGCCUGGGGUGUUCGAUCCCGUCAUAAGCGUCGGGGAAUUCGAUGGGGUUGCACACACCGCAGCUCCAAUCCCGACGAGUUCGGGCCAACAAGCAGAUUCUUCUGAUAGUGCUUUCAAUGCUGCAAUAGCGGGCACGUUGAAUGUUAUGCAUAGUAUCAAAGCAUAUGGACAAACUGUCAAGCGCGUAGUUUUUACAUCCUCAACUUUGGCGGCGCUACAAUCAGAGCCGGGUAUUGUACACAACGAGAGUCAUUGGAAUGAUGAAGUUGUCAAACGUCUACAAGAUCGGGAGUAUAAGGCAACUGAUAUAGAGCGUUACAUGGCAAGCAAGUGCCUAUCCGAAAAAGCUGCUUGGAAAUUUAUCGAGGACAACAAGAGCGAAGUAAACUUUGAUCUAGUUACUAUUCUUCCAACCGCGAUUAUUGGGCCCAACAUGAAGCCCCCUCUCGAUGAAAAUAUGCCCCGUGCACAACUAGAUGCUUCAAACAUGUUUUUCAAGAGCCUCAAAGCCGCCAUUAAAGAUUCUAAAUUUACGGACCCGUGUUUCACCAUUGUUCAUGUGAAAGAUACAGCCGCCCUGCAUGCUGAAGCGUUUAUUCACUCAGGAGCUGCAGGUCAUAGAAUACCUGCCACUAGUUCGGAGCCAAGCUGGCAAGAUAUUUGCGAUGCUCUGAAUGAAGAGCCCGCAUUUUCUGGAGUACCCGGAGGAAAUCCUGGAGUAGGUAAACGUCCCGACAACGAGUCGCUGGAGUGGGAUACUUCCUACGCCAAAUCCUUGCUUGGAAGAAACAUGAUUGGUGCAAGGCAGAUGGUUAGAGAAACUGCUGCGUUCUACCAGAAGAAGGGUUGGGAAUUUGUUGCCACCUAA